CAUUUCAAGAUUUCUACCUUUCAUAAAAGUUUGUGACAUCCUGGAAGAUUGUGGUUUGAGUCUGACUCUCUGCAAAUAAAAGCACGAUGAGGACCGGUGCUGCUACAGAAUUAAACGCCAUUUUAUGAUAAUAUGCUGUAUAAAAAGUUGGCACCCACUGUGUGCAGACAUCUAGGAAAAUCCACGAGAAUAUGGAGAAAUGUUUGUUGUUCAGUUCAGAAGAAUGGCCUCAUUACUGAAAAACAAAAAGAGGAAAAACCAAAAGUAUUCGAAGUAUCUGACAUCCCUCAAGAAAAUAUAAGAAAUUUUAGUGUUAUUGCCCAUGUAGACCAUGGCAAGAGUACAUUGGCUGAUCGUCUCUUAGAACAUACAGGUGCGAUUGCACAAAAUUCUAAAAACAAGCAAGUUCUUGACAAACUGCAAGUUGAAAGGGAAAGAGGGAUUACAGUAAAAGCACAGACAGCUUCUAUGGUGCAUCACAAGAACAACGGAAAAUUCUUGCUUAACCUAAUCGAUACUCCGGGUCAUGUUGAUUUUAACUAUGAAGUGUCAAGAUCUCUUGCUGCGUGCCAAGGAGUUGUUUUGGUGGUCGACGCUGCGCAGGGUGUUCAAGCGCAAACAGUGGCAAAUUUUUUCUUGGCAAUGAAUGCAAAUUUAACUGUUAUUCCUGUACUGAACAAGGUGGAUCUAAAGUCAGCUGCUCCAGGAAGAGUGUCUAAACAAUUGGAAAAUGUUUUCGGAUUUGAUAAAGAGGAAAUUUUAAGAGUCUCAGCCAAGACUGGCCUAGGCAUAGAAGCAUUAAUUGAACGUAUAUGCUCAAAGAUUCCAAGCCCUUCUGGUAAAAGAAAGGACCCCUUUAAAGCACUGCUGUUUGACUCUUGGUUUGAUCAAUACAGAGGGGUAAUCUGCCUGGUUGCACUAAUAGAUGGAUCUUUAAAGAAAGGUGAUCGCAUUUAUUCAUUAGCAACGAAGGAAACAUACGAUGUCAUCGAUUUAGGCGUUUUGAAUCCGACAGAACAUGCGACAAGUAACCUAUCUGCAGGUCAAGUUGGAUAUGUGGUUACAGGAAUGCGAAGGACUCAAGAAGCGUUAAUUGGUGAUACAUUUUGUAGUCCGACUAAAGCAGUCCACCCGCUUCCCGGUUUUAGAAGGCCAAAACCAAUGGUGUUUGCAGGAAUAUAUCCCACAGAUCAAGCUUCCUAUGUUGCACUUCGAUUGGCAAUUGACAAGUUGACCUUGAAUGACUCUAGUGUAACUGUACACCCGGACAACAGUGCUGCCCUUGGUCAAGGAUGGAGAAUAGGGUUUCUUGGUGUUUUGCAUAUGGAUGUCUUCAGGCAGAGGCUAGAACAGGAGUAUGGGAUAUCUGUCAUUGUUACAACACCAAAUGUACCUUAUAAAGCAAUAACUAGAAAAAAGGAAUUAAAAGAAAUUGAAAUAUUAACUCCAUCGCAGUUUCCUGAUAUAACUAUAGUUGAACAGUUCCUUGAGCCAAUAGUUACAGGCACAAUUAUAUUCCCAGAGGAGUACAUGGGGAGAAUCAUCACUUUGUGUCAGAGCAAGCGUGGAGAACAGUUGGAUAUGAGUUAUCUCGACGAAACACGAGUGAUGCUAAAAUAUUCUUUGCCACUGAGCGAAGUUGUGAUUGACUUUUAUGAUCAGCUAAAGUCAAUAUCAUCAGGAUAUGCAAGUUUUGACUACGAAGAAACUGGCUAUCAAGAAACGAAAAUAACAAAGUUGGAUAUUCUACUGAAUGGCAAGCCAGUUGAUGCACUAAGCUGCAUAACACAUGAAUCACAAACCAAGACGGUAGGAAAAGCUUUGUGUGCGAAGUUAAAAGAGCUAAUACCAAGGCAGCUCUAUGAAGUCGUGAUACAAGGUGCGGUGAGAGGGAAGAUUGUGGCCAGGGAAUCGGUGCGACCACUACGAAAAGAUGUAACAGCUAAAUGUUAUGGCGGAGAUAUAACUCGAAAAAGAAAACUCUUGGACAAGCAAAAAGAGGGGAAAAAGAAACUGAAGAAAAUAGGAAAUGUAGAACUGCCUCACGAUGCAUUUUUGUCUUUGCUUAAAAGGUAGCACUAAUUAAUUCUUAAAUUAAAAUAAUGUUAUUUGUGUAAGUAUGGAAUUAAAGAUGUUUAAGUCAUUUCAAGC